GUUUUCCUUUUUGAUUUCCCACUUUCUUCACUCAUUCUCUCUUCUAUCUCUUUCUCAUCGCGUUUGGACAAGAAAAGUAUGGCGAGGCUUUUUCUCGCUCGGCGCGUAAGCAUCACCGCCGGUGCACUUGCCGUCGCCGUCGGCGGUUCUUAUAUGACACUACGUGAUACCUCCGUAUCUGCAAGCGACCGUGGAGGUGGUACAGCGUUGGAGGCUUUACGGAGGAGGAUCACCGACCCUGCCGCGGUUGUACCGUCUCGUGCCUCACAAGAAUCAUCUCUAACCGCCGCUACUUCCGGUAAUCCGCUCGACAUUCUUGUCAUUGGUGGCGGUGCUACCGGCUGCGGCGUCGCUCUUGAUGCCGCCACCAGAGGCCUACGCGUUGGCCUUGUGGAACGCGAGGACUUCUCUUCCGGUACGUCGUCGCGGUCUACGAAGCUUAUUCACGGAGGAGUUCGAUACUUGGAGAAAGCUGUGUUCAAUUUAGAUUAUGGGCAACUAAAGUUAGUUUUUCAUGCCCUGUUGGAGCGUAAACAGGUUAUUGAUAAUGCUCCACACCUGUGUCAUGCUUUACCUUGCAUGACACCAUGUUUUGGUUGGUUUGAGACACUGUACUAUUGGGUGGGUCUGAAAAUGUAUGAUCUAGUUGCAGGAAGACACUUACUGCAUCUUUCAAGGUAUUAUUCUGCACAAGAGUCUUCUGAACUUUUCCCCACACUUGCAAGAAAGGGUAACGAUAGAAGUUUGAAAGGAACAGUGGUUUAUUAUGAUGGCCAAAUGAAUGAUUCACGGGUUAAUGUUGGAUUAGCUUGCACUGCUGCUUUAGCUGGUGCAGCUGUUCUUAAUCAUGCUGAGGUUGUGGAAUUGUUGAGAGAAAAUGGUAAAGGGAGGGUUAUUGGAGCACGAAUUCGGGAUAACUUAUCAGGAAAAGAGUUUGAUACCUACGCAAAAGUUAUCGUGAAUGCGGGCGGACCAUUUUGUGACUCAGUAAGAAAACUGGCCGAUAAAGAUGCAAAAUCCAUGAUUUGCCCUAGCAGUGGGGUCCACAUUGUGCUUCCAGACUAUUAUUCUCCACAAGGAAUGGGAUUGAUAGUCCCUAAAACAAAAGACGGGCGCGUUGUAUUCAUGCUCCCAUGGUUGGGGAGGACAGUUGCCGGGACAACUGACUCCAACACCAAAAUUACUAUGUUACCAGAACCUCGUGAGGAUGAAAUCGAGUUCAUUCUAGAUGCCAUCCGUGAUUAUCUUAAUGUUAAGGUCCGGCGUAUGGAUGUUUUGUCUGCUUGGAGUGGGAUUCGUCCACUAGCAAUGGAUCCAAAUGCAAAGAACACAGAAAGCAUUUCAAGGGAUCACAUUGUAUGUGAAGAUUUCCCUGGUUUGGUCACUAUUACUGGUGGAAAGUGGACUACAUAUAGAAGUAUGGCUGAAGAUGCAGUGGAUGCAGCUAUUAAGUCGGGAAAAUUAAAUCCAUUGAAUAAAUGUUUGACAUCCAAUUUAUGUCUUGUGGGUGGAGAUGGGUGGGACCCAGCAUUUUUCACUGUGAUUGCUCAAGAAUAUGUACGCAUGAAGAAUACACAAAAUGGGACAUUAGUUCGUGGAGUGAUGGACACUGCUGCAGCAAAACAUUUGUCUCACUCUUAUGGUACCAUGUCCCAAAGAGUAGCUUCCAUUGCUCAGAAUGAAAAUCUAGGGAAGAGGCUGGCCCACGGGUACCCGUAUCUUGAAGCUGAGGUGGCAUACUGUGCUCGGAAUGAAUACUGUGAAUCUGCGGUAGAUUUUAUUGCUAGAAGAUCUAGACUUGCUUUCCUGGACACAGAUGCAGCAAACUAUGCAUUGCCACGUGUCAUUGAGCUAUUGGCUGCUGAACACAAUUGGGACAAAUCAAGGCAAAAUGAAGAGAUGGAUACGGCGAUGAAGUUUCUAGAGACUUUUAGGUCAUCGAAGAACGCUCAUUUCCAUGACGGAUGGCAUACAUAAUAGUCGUCACUUGUGACUGGUGAGCGACUUCUUUCAAUAUUUAUUUUGAGUAAAUAGUUGGUUUUCUUGUACUUUAGGGAGAAUCAAGUUGUACUCUAUGUUUGAGUGGUUGUGCUUUUGAUGGUAUGGGUACAGCUUGAGGUUUUAAAUAAUGGUUAGGCUUUUAACUUGUCGAC